AUAAAUCAAAAGUGUGUCUGUAGCAGGUAAAUGUUGUGUAUGUUGCGGUUACCCGAUGCUGUUUGGGAUGCUGUUACGGUAAGAUGCAAUUGAUGAUAAUGAAUAAUCUGAAGAAAUAGUGCUAAAAUUUCAACAUUAACUUAUCCUUGGACCACAGCCUGGUUUAAGUAUUGAUUAUAGGAAUGAACUGGUAUAUUUGCACGGUUACUCUUGAAUAUAAACUGGUUUAAAAGUUGUUUCAAUUUUGAGACUUGAGGAAUAGUCUCACAGUUGAUGUUUCUCCGUUCUUCAUGGAUAAGUGAAAUACGUAAAAGCUCAAUUGCAAGCCUUAGAAUCAUUAAGAUGAAUUUAUGAAUUAUCUUUUGGAAGAACGCUAAGAUGAACUUGGUAAUCAAACCUUUCUUUACCUCCUUAGUAAGAGAAAAUUACAAUGGAUAAACGUGUUCAAGCAAUGCUUCUAGUGUGGGAUUGGAAAGGAAUGGCUUUGUUCUUUCGAACAUGGGGUGGUUAGUUUCUAGAACAUAGAAGCCAAUUUUGUAAACAACAUAAUUACACAGCCAGGAACUCCAAUCCUCGUUUAUGAAAUGGGACAAUUGUUAGCCGGCGUCCUCCAUUAUUAAUUGCUAUUCUGAUUUUUAUUUAGGACAAAGUAAGAAACAUAAAGGAGGUAAAAAGAAUCUCAUACAUGAUAUGCAUUGAAAAACAUUCCUCAACUUCCCUCUUUUUAUUUUUUAUUUUUUGUGGACAUUGAUAUCCUUGACUUGAGGAAAACGAAUGGUGAAAAAAUAAAAAAUAAAAAAUAAAAUAACGAGCUCCAUGGUUUAACUGGUUAACUUUCUUUUUCAGCUACACACAUUCUGAUUUAUGUUAAUUGAAAAAAAGAAAAAAGAAAAAAGAAAUCUUUAUAUUGUUAUACUUAACUUUAGGACACAUGUUGGGAAAAUGACAGGUCCCAAAAUCUAAGUGGGUAAUUUUCAAAAAAAAAAAAAAAAUUCUUCCUUUAAGCAACAGAUUUAGUUCUUUGCUUCAUUCACAGAACUUGAUUAAGUGAUUGAUUCUUUCUUCUCUCUCACUUAAUCUUUAGAUAAUAUAAAAAUGAUUGAAAACUUGGACCAUGUGCUAUCUCUUGGAUGCAAAAACCCAACAAGUUAAUCAGCAUGGAGAUGUUUACAAAAGAAAAAAACAGUGUGACAAAUCUCAGUACUUAGUGAUCGAUCAUCAGUUAUGGAUCCUCAACUAUACAGAGCAGCAGCUUAUUAUGAUGGAACAAGCUUUGAGAGCUUUGCUAUGGAUGCUGAUCCAACCAUCUUACCUAAAGAAACCCCUCAGAGGAAUGCCAUUCUUCAUGUUGCAGCAUUGAAUAAACAAGCACAGAUUGCAGAGAAAAUCCUCCAGCUUCAUUCAUCACUUCUAUAUCACAAGAAAUCUGACGGGGAUACUCCAUUUCAUAUUGCAGCGAGGGUUGGGUGCCUGGAAAUCGUCCAACUAUUGUUAAACUACGGAAAAUCUGGAAGUGGAGAGAUUGAAGCGAACCAAAAAGCAACUAGAAUGGUAAACCUGACCAAGGAUACAGUGCUGCAUGAAGCUGCUCGAAAUGGUAAUGUUGAUGUUGUUGAAUUACUAAUGGAAGAAGACCCAGGAUUGGCUCUCCUUGUAAAUGCUGUUGGUGAGUCGCCGCUCUCUGUGGCUGUGGAAAGACAGUUUUUUGAUAUCGUCCAGCGUUCUUUAAAGCUUACAGAUGAAUGUUGUUAUGGUGGAAGAGAUGGUAAACGCCUUGCACGCAGCUGUUCUUUGCUUGCCCAGAGGUAAUUAUUCUUUCGUUUGACUCUUAAUUGAUGAGAAAGUUAAGGGCAUAUCUAUUUAUGCUUAGUUUGAGUUACAUCUUUAAUGUUUGCCUUGUACUUUUGAAAUGACUGCGCUUUGCUAUUGCCUGAAAGAAUUUAGUGGUAGCUUUCUCUUGGAGAGGAGUUUCUACUCAUUCAGAUGACAUUGAUCUUCUGUUUAUUCUCUUAAGUUUAUCUUAAAUAGUUACUUUCUUUUCUUCAUGUCCUAGCUCAGCUAGUUACUUUCUUUUCUUCAUGUCCUAGCUCAGCUAAUUAUGUUGCUCAUGUCCUUGCAAAACUCUCUCUUUAGUUUGGUUUUGAUGCCAACUAUAUUAAUAGGUUUGACUCUCUUUUUUCUGCCAUUUUGUUGAUCACUUAUUUUUUGUACAAGGGGUUGCCCUGUUUUGUUGCUUCUCUAAUAAAGUAUUCCGCUUAACCAAAAAACGAAAAAAAAAAAAAAAAAAAAUAUAGAAGAAGAAGAAAGAACACACACACUUUCUAAUAAAGCAUGAACCUAGAGUAUACAGACUUCGUUUUUCCAUAUUAAGUUGAAUACUUUAGUUCUAUUAAUUUUAUCAUCUAGACAUUAUGGAGGAGGUGAUGAGGAAAUGUCCAUCAGCCGUAACAGAAGAAGAUGAUCUAGGAUAUACCCCUCUUCACUACUCUGCACUUUUUGGUCGUGUAGAAGUUAUUGAAUUGUUUUUCACAGAUGAUAACUCCAUAGCUUACAGAAAAAGUAAGGCCGGCAUGUCUGCUCUCCGUAUAACAGCAAAAAUGGAUUUGUUGGAGUCAUGUGAAAGCUCAUAACAAAUUAUCCAGACAUAUGGGAGUUGUUAAACCGCAAUGGUUGACCGCUCUUCAUUUAGCUGUGGAAGGUGGAAAGAGCUCUGUUGACAACACUGGGUUCUGAUGGUCUUUUGAAUAGGCAAGAUAAAGAU